UUCAUUGAGUACCUCUGAGCCUCAACGACGUAUUCUGUGCCACUUUGUAUCGACAGCGCCGAAGAGAGAUUUCAGCUAUUUUCCCUGGGCAAAAGAAAAAAAAGCCAUAUUAAAUUGAAAUAUUGAUAGAAAUCUUGGAAAAAUCGUGGCUACAAGAGAGUUGGUGUGAAAAAUAGAAGGGAGAGAGAGUGCAGAAUUGGUGUAUAAAGUCGACUUUUAAUGCGAAAUUCUCUCAAGCACGAGAUUCACGAUUUAAUACAUUCGUGAAGUGAAAACUCAUUUUAUUGAUUUGUGUCUUUUCCGAGGCUUUUCGAUUCCUCCAGCCAUUGUGCAGUCGUGUCUGUGGUAGUCUUUACACAACAGUUGGAAAGAAGUGUUUCUAUUCGUGACUGUAUGUGGAAUUAAUUUGUGUUUUUUCCACUAAAAUUCUAAUCACUUGCUUUUGGGUGGAGAAAAAAGAGAGAGAAUAUAAUUGCAGAGACGCGUAGAAGAGCAUAAAAUAAUAUCUGAUAGUCUGUGAAAAGAAGAGGGUUGUUAAGAGAGCACAAAGAAUAUAUAGUGAAAAGCAAACAUUUUCUCAGAACAUUGAGCAAGAUUUUCCAAGGGGUUGUGUGCAUUUUGUGUGAAGCGAGAGAGAGAGAAGAUAUCGGCCGCAGAAGCUGUGUUGCAGAGAGCGAGGAAAAAAUUAAUUAAUAGUUAUUUGUGUGAUAAUAAAAUCGCGAAACGUUACACUGAGGUCGACAGAGAAACGUAAUUUAGCGCUCCAUCUUAUGGUGGGCGCUCUAUUGCCGGAAGCACCCGGCAUUUUCUGCGAAACAUCAGAACUAAAAGGGACACCUCCAUCUCCCCCCAUCACAAGAAAUCAUCGUGGCAGAUCGUGCAUGAUUUCUCAUAGGCGGUGUUUAAGUCAUAGGACUUCAAAAUUUUCCAGCAAUAGACAUCGAAAAUUGCAACCAUUCAGAGAAACGUGAGACGUCUGAAGGAGGGAAAAAAAAGUCUCAGUAAAAUACCACACACAAAAAUCAAUAGCACUUUUGCGCGCACUUUGAAUGCGUAACAUUUUAUUUACAAGGGAAAAAACAUAAUAAUUAUCCAGGAAAGAGAGAGAGACAGACAGAACAGAAGCGAGUGAGUGCGAAGAAGAAGAAGAAAAGAAAGGAAAAAAUCAAGGAUUCAGAAUUGAACUUUGGCAACAGGAAUACACAUUUGACAAUAUCUGAGUUGGUUGAGCAGGAAAUUAAGAGUACUGAAGUGAGAAGAAGAGAAGUUUCUGGCGGAGAAGAGAGAGAGAGAGAGUGGCAAAUUUGUUGACCAAAACAUCCUCUCUUUUAACCUUUUCUUUUUUUAAUUUUCUGGCUUCAUUCCUUUCUGUGUUCACACCUUCGAUAUCCGAUCGCUAGCGUGAAGGACAAUUCCUCCUAUCAUAUAUGCAUAUAUCAUUAGUAAAGUUGUCAAAUCGUCGAGAUUUGCUGAAAUAUCCCCACUUCAAUUCUGGCGUAGGAUUGAUUUGUUUGGCCACGCGCAUGCAGUGAGAAUUUUCAAGGGUAUAGUACCCUCAAAAUAGUAUGUGUGAGAGACAUUGACUCAAUCGUCUUCUGGAAGAUAACUGCGAACGCUGAUGCAUUCAGUUGAUUGUCCCAAUUGAAGACUGGGUCAGAGAGAAAAACUACCAGGAAUUUCCACAAAGAAAAUAUCACACAUUGCGAGGAAGUUGUCAAAGCCUGAGCUAAAAAAAGUCUGCGAAAGUUGAUCACACUUGCUGUCGGAAAAAAAUCUUGAAUUGUAUUUGAAGUCGCUGAAAUUUUUGCUGCAAUUGAGUGUGUUGUUUGAGCAUCGAAAAUGGGUACCGUAAAUGUGAAUCGCAAUGUGACGGAUGUCUUCUAUCGCUACAAGAUGCCGCGCAUCAAUGCAAAGGUGGAGGGAAAGGGAAAUGGCAUAAAGACGGUGAUUGUGAAUAUGGCUGAGGUGGCAAAGGCACUGGGACGUCCGGCAACGUAUCCGACCAAAUACUUUGGAUGUGAGUUGGGUGCGCAGACGCAGUAUGAUCACAAGAAUGAGCGCUUCAUUGUCAAUGGGUCUCAUGAUGCGGCCAAGCUGCAAGAUUUACUGGAUGGUUUCAUUCGGAAGUACGUGCUGUGUCCCGAGUGUGAUAAUCCUGAGACGGAAUUGCUGGUGUCCACGAAGAAGGGGACAAUAUCGCAGGGAUGCAAGGCAUGUGGCUAUCAUGGGGCGCUCGAGGUGAAUCACAAAGUGAACACGUACAUCUUGAAGAAUCCACCCAACAUGGAUCCGUCGGCUCAGGGCUCCUCGCUCACGGAGGGGAAGCGCAGCAAGCGCUCCAAGAAGGCCGUGGAGAAUGGCAGUGACGCCGCCAAUGCGUCCUCCAACGCUGGUGGUGUGUCUGGAGAUGCGGACGCUUCCAAUGCGAGUGGCGGACACAUUGGUGGGGAGACGGCUGAGCAUGGUGAGGAGGAUGACAACACUUGGACGGCCGAUGUGUCCGAGGAGGCCGUGAGGGCGCGCAUGCAGGAUCUCACUGAUGGUGCCAAGUGCAUGACAAUAUCCGAUGACACGGAGAAGAGUGAGCGCGAGCGUCUGGAUAUCUUCUAUGAGUUUGUGAAGAAGCGUCGCGAUGCUGGUGAGCUGGACAGUGUUCAGGUGCACAAGGAUUUGGUGGCGGAGGCGGAUCGUCUGGAUAUACUGCAGAAGGCGCCAUUGGUGUUGGCGGAGCUUCUCUUCUCGGCCAAUAUCAUCGCUGAGGUGCGCAAGAAUCGCAAUCUUCUGCUUCGCUUUACCCACAAAAAUCUCAAGGCGCAGCGCUACUUGAUGGGUGGCAUUGAGCAGAUUAUCUCUCUCCAUGCGGCCAAUUUGAUGAGCAAGGUUGCAGGAAUUCUCAAGCUCUUCUAUGACAAUGACAUCCUGGACGAGAAGACCAUCCUGGAGUGGGCAUCGAAGGUGAGCAAGAAGUAUGUGUCGAAGGAGGUGUCAACGCAGAUACACGAGAAGGCGCAGCCGCUUAUCAAAUGGCUCCAGGAGGCCGAGGAGGAGGAAUCUUCGGAGGAGGACGACUCGGAUGUGGAGAUUGAGUAUGAUGAUCGGGCCAAGGCGGAAUUGCGCAAGGAGGCGCCAGCAGCAAAGGCGACCGCGAAGAAGGUUGAUGAUGAUGAUGGCGAUGAGAUUGAUAUCGAUGAGAUCUAAUUGGGAGAAAAAAAAACAGAGAAGAGGGCAAUUUCAAUAUAAAAACAUAUUUCAAUUUGCAGGCUGAAGAAGAUUGAUGCUUAUACGAAAAAAAAAACACUUUUAUUUUCAACAUAUUACCCCCUACUAUUACACAAAAGUUUUUUAAUUAUUCGCCUAUUAUAUGGAAAAUUGUCAGUAAAAUUUAUUGGGGAAAGGCGAUUGUGGGAUAGAAUUGUAAAGGAUGUGAGGAUGUGUUCAUUUGGCAUGACUCUGGCACUCUUUUCUCUGAAGGCGGGAGGAGAAAUUAAUCAUUGCAGUGAGAGAAACAGUUGAAAGAGGAGCUUUUGCUGUUUACAGCAGCAAUAAAGAUAACAGAUUUUACUACAAAUGAAAAGAGAGAUAUAGAAUUAUUACAAUAGAAUAUGCAAGAUAAGGCUUUUUCAACUUUCAUACCAUAUUCAACACAUUUAUUGAAGAACAAGUUUGGAGAAAAAUUGGUGGUGAAGGAAUAUAUGAAUUUGUGAAAGCCAAAAGGAAAGGUCAUCGCGACACACAUCCUUCAGAGAGUGUUGAGAGAAGGGAAGAGUGAGAGAGAAUUGAAUGGAAAAUUGCUAUUAUUAGAAGGUGAAAAGGAAGGACAUGAGAGAAGAGAGAGAGACAAAUUGUAAGAAGAGACAAUUUUCAUAGUUUAUUUUCCCUUCAUUCUUAAUGUCCAAAUAAAAUACAAUUUAAAAAGCAAA